AUGGCCGAGGAGGGUUACAAGGUGAGUUUGCACAUGUAUGAUUUAAGUGAAGGCUUAGCUCGUCAACUCUCCAUGUCGUUUUUAAAGAAAGCCAUUGAAGGCAUAUGUGAAGUCGCACAGUUUCUGGUGGGUCUCUCCAUACCAUAUUGCAUCCUCAAUCUCCCUAACGCACUACAAGUGAUAAGACCUUCCAAGUCUGAGCAACUAUUUGGAAUGGAGUGGCUUAGGUGUUGCUUGAUAGUGGGAGCACCUACGAUUUCAUUGUUGCUAAAGUUGCAGAAGAUCUCCAAAUUCAAUUGCGACAUCAGCCAGGUUUGUGCGUUGCAUUACCUGAUGGUGGCAAAAUGGCGAGCAACGGGAGAUAUGGAUUUCAAAGUUAAUAAUAGGCUAAUUAAAUGGCAUGGUGAAUCCUCGGAGCCAAUCGCACUAACUGCCCUAGGUGCAUCUGGAGAUUUGGCACCCGACUUCGAUGUCCUACUUGGUGUUGGAUAA